CACACAUUUGCGGCAACCAAAAGAGGGAAUAAAUAAAAAAAAAUAAGUCUGUCAGAUUUUUGGUAAACUGAUAAUAAAAGUAAAAAAUUGUAGAUCUAGUAGCUAUCAAAAUGGGUGACGCUGACCAAGUGAUAAAAAUUAAGGAUGUGGGUGCUAAGCCUUCGGCGGCAUCAUCAGCAGCCGGAUUGCAAAUUAUACCCUCAGAAGAGGUAGCGUCCAUAGAGGAGAUUGUCACAAUUGAUCCCGAGUGCUAUGAAUUGGAUCUGAAUCAUCGUCGCAUUGAGAAAUUGGAGAACUUUGAGCCUCUCACGCAGAUUGAACGUUUAUUCCUGCGCUGGAAUCUAAUCAAGAAGAUCGAAAACUUGGAAACACUGAAGACACUGGUGGAACUGGAGCUAUACGACAAUCAGAUUGUGCAAAUUGAGAAUCUCGAUCAGCUGACUAAUCUAGAGAUAUUGGAUCUCAGUUUCAAUAGACUCGUUAAAAUCGAGAAUCUGGAUAAGCUGUUGAAACUGGAGAAGCUGUAUUUUGUGGCUAACAAAAUAACAGUCAUCGAAAAUGUUGGAAUGCUGACCGGUCUCACCAUGUUGGAGCUGGGCGACAACAAACUGAAGAAGAUUGAGAAUAUCGAGACUUUGGUCAAUUUGCGUGAAUUGUUUUUGGGCAAGAACAAGAUAAACAAAAUCGAGAAUUUGGAUACUCUGGUAAACCUGGAAAUAUUAAGUCUUCAGGCCAAUCGCAUUGUCAAAAUCGAGAAUUUAGACAAGCUAGAGAAUUUAAGAGAGCUUUACAUAUCGGAGAAUGGCAUUGAGACCAUUGAAAAUCUGGAUGGCAACAAGCAAUUGGAGACCCUGGAUAUGGCCAAAAACCGGCUGACAGCGAUUGGCAAUCUGGAGAAACUGGAGAAAUUGGAGGAACUUUGGUUGAAUAACAACGGAUUCGAGGACUGGAAGAAUGUCGAAGUGCUUAAGGCUAAUAAGACGUUGGAAACCAUCUACUUGGAGCACACUCCCCUCGCCAAGGACAUUAGAUAUCGUUCCAAGUUGCGAGACAUCCUUCCCCAGCUGAAAAAGAUUGAUGCCACCCUGUGUAUGGUACCUAAUGCAAAAACCGAAUAAUUAUCCUUCUUCUAUUUGCGAACGCAUAAGACUUAACCCCACAAGAAACAAACAAAAAAAAAAACUCAACAUUAAAAUGUUAAACAUUCUGCAAUCACAAUACAUUUAUUUAAUUAAACAAUAAUGUUAACCAAUCAUUGAUAAAAUGCUAUGGUACGUCAA